GUCAAAACUCAGAAAACGACUGAAUUUAACUCAAAAUACAAACAGAAAACAAAAUAAAUAUGACUGAAAACUGUAUAGACCAUCAGUUAAAUCUGUCAUGCGUUCAGAUCUGAUGUAGAUGUGAUGCUGGUGUUUCCUCGAUCGGAGAGCGUCCUGAUUCCUCCCGAAUCCUGGUGUCUUGUGUCAGAUCCUCAGAAAGCAAGGAAAGAUCGGCUGGUGUCAGAGAUCUGCAGAAGCAGCAGAAUCUGGUGAUGAAUCAGCAGCUGGAGGAAAGCGUGCCGUCAGCACAAGCCCAAAGCUUCUCCAUUGUGUGAUCUUUGUGCUGCGGAUCCGGCCAGAUCCUAUAUAUUGACCCGUCCAACUUUCCCCUCGCACACUUUCUCUCGUGUGGGUGAGUUUGGACACGAUCCAGUGGAAAAUGUCGCAGUAUUCAGGAAAGAUCGUGUUUUACGAGGGCCGCUGCUUCACCGGCCGCCGGCUCGAGGUCUUCGGAGACUGUGAUAACUUCCAGGACCGAGGCUUCAUGAACCGAGUCAACUCCAUCCGUGUGGAGAGCGGCGCCUGGAUCUGCUUCGAUCAUCCGGACUUCAAGGGUCAGCAGUACGUCCUGGAGCGAGGAGAGUACCCCGAGUUUCAGCGCUGGAACUCACACAACGACCACAUGGGCUCCUGCAGACCCGUCCGCAUGCACGGAGAGCACUACCGCAUGCAGCUGUUCGAGGGCUGUAACUUCACUGGUCAGUGCAUGGAUCUGUGUGACGACUGUCCCUUCCUCCAGAGCCGAGGCUUCAACACCAACUGCAUCAACUCUGUGCGAGUGUUCGGAGACGGAGCAUGGGUGAUGUAUGAAGAGCCCAACUUCCGCGGUCGCAUGUACAUCGUGGAGCGAGGUAAUUACUGCAGUCAUAACGAGUGGCAGGCGCAGAAUCCCAACAUCCAGUCCAUCCGCAGGAUCGUCAACUACUUCUAAACCCUCCAGCGUCCGUUUCUCUCUCAACAUGUAAAAUAAACUCAGAACCACAAUCAAGAUGGUAUUUUAUCACAA